AUGGUGACAAGAAGCGGAAGCAGACAGGCAAAUACUCCACUGCUGUCAUAUUCGGCGCUCGACGAGGCAAAUCGCGAGCGGCUCGACAGUAUGAAGAGGAAGCGUCAAGAAGACCAAGCCGGAAACAGGCCGCAGCUCGCACUGGCCGCGGUCUCGGAGGAGCCUUCUGGUGAUGAGGAGCAAGAGGAGCAAGAGGAGCAACCAGCUCAGCUGACGAAACGUGCCAGACUGAGUGAUGAGGACCAACAAUCGGACUCAGACGGCAGCAGCUCGAUAGAUCCUUCUGCUUUGGAUGGCAGAGACUCAGAGGUAGCUGUCGCAAAGGAGGUAGAUGCUGGGACUGGAAGCGAAGACGGUMAAUAUGGCGGGAGKGAUGUGGGGAGUGGACGCUCUGACGAUGAGGACCAAGAUGCCACGGCCACCACCGCAAUGAUCAAAGAGCUGGGAGGUGGUGAAGACGUCCAUCAAGGACUCAGAUACUACGUCUCACGAGUAAUAAAUUACGAAGGAAAACUCUUGCAAAGGGCCCAACAGAUCAUCCGAGACAUGAUCAGGGUGUCGAGUUCCUUGCCGAAUGAAAGGAAUUGGAAUCGUCCGAUCCUACCGAUGCAUACCUUCUUGAGGCAUUUCAACGAAUUGGAUCACCCCUGGGUCGAGGUCGACACCAAUGUGCGAGCGACUGUAUGGCUAUUCAUUGCUGUCAAGAUAUACGCCUAUGGAGGAAUGGAUCACGGUCCCCAACUUUAUGACUUUCUGCAGCUCUACGAAGAUGUCAAAACAAUGGAAAUACUGGAAGAUGUCAGAACAAUGGAAAUACUGGAAGAUGCUAUUUCAUUUCUCCCUAAUGAUUGGCAGGAUAAUGAGUCUCUGGAUGAUUACAUCCGAAGCGUGAGGGAGGGUGUUUGGAGAUUUGCUCCCACAACUGCGAAUUGGCGCACCAUUGACGACGCUACUAGAACAGAGAUUGCAACGGUCUUUAAUCAACACCUUGCCGACUACUUCGAUAACGGACGGCCGCUUGGUUCCCCAGCGCGACUGUUGUGGGACAUCCUGUGGGACCAGGUCUGGCAAGAAUUUCAAGAAUGGCGUCUAUCCACCGACGCUGAAGCAGGUAAGUUUCAGGCGCUCUGGGAAGGGGCUUAUCAGGCCGCCCAUCUGCAUCAGCUGCAUCGAUUUCCUCCCCUGCUCGAUGCAACUAUGCAGGCAGAAGAUGUUUGUGAUAAAGUAGACGACAUUCGCGAACGAAGUGUGUCUCUCGCUCGUGAUCAAUGGGCACUGGGAAACACAAGGGCGCAUCAGGAGAGCCAGAACUCUUUCCAGGAUCGCUUUGAUAGAUUUGAAGAGGCAACUUCAGCAGAUCCCUGCUUUAACUGGGGCUACGGUCCACUUGACGACGUGGAAGACUUCACCAUUUCGUACUCGAUAUACCGCGAGCGCCUCAACGAUCGAUCUGUGGAAGACGAAGUUCGAGCUUGGGCAAGAGAACUGCAUCUCCUGAGAUCGCGAUUUGAUCUAUAUGGUCUUGAACCAUACUGGCGGCACGAUCAGCCAGCGAGGAACUGGGUUUUUAGCGAUUUGCAAAAAGCUCUGUACGCUGAAGCCAGAGCAGCCGCGGCGCCGCGAUGGGAAGCUAAGAUCGCAGAUGCAGAGGCACGAGCUGGGCAGUUGAGAAAUUUCAGUGCAACGGCGGCGGAUCUACGCGCCUACCGGGACCAAGAGAUCAACGAGAAGGGAAUUCCAUUCGGACCAACUUACGCCGCUCUCGCCCAUUCAUGGAGGAUGGUGAGGAUGAUGGUUCCCGACACCACGGACACUGUCACGAAAGAACGGAUCAAAGAAUUGCAUAUCCUUGCCAAGAACACGGCUUGGAGGUAUGAGGGAGACUGUAUCUUUCCCCUCGCGUGGAAGGCCGGGGAAUCGGCGAGUGACUACUGUGCUCGUCUUUCGCCUUACAUUUGGAGCGAGCUUUGGGGAUACUGCGAGAAAGCAUGGCGAACAAGGAAAAGUGAAGCGGAAGAUGCAGGAGAAUUGGCAUCUAUAGAAAAGGCCAUGGAGAAGAUGGAGAGGAUGCGAACGAAGUACGGAAGGUUCUACAGACCCUUGGAAGACCGCCCCGCUAUCAGCAGAGAAUCGAGGGAUGGCGAUGUGUUGAUGGAUCUUGGUGGUGGCGCUUUUGCUCCCGAAGGACAUUGGGAGUUUCUAUACACUGCGGGACAAGGAUCUUUUGGCCAUGCAGGUGUAUGGGCCCAGUAUAACAAUACCCUCGGUGUGAUUGCGAAGAUUGUCAUCAAGGAGACGUAUCUUCGAACAGAUUGGAACGUGGACUGGCCAUGGCUUGGAGCCCGUGACAGGCGUAUCCCGUUGGAAUAUCACCUUGUGUCCAGGCUUAACACUUUGUCGGACUCCUUCAAUAUUAUAAGAUACAUCGGCUACGGAAUCUAUGAGGAGCUGAAAAUGCACAGAAUCUACAUGGAGCUGUGUCAACAUGGCAGUCUGGCAGACGUUGCGCAGUUGUAUUAUGAUCUGAAAGUUCCCGGCUACAAGGACCGGGACGGCAAUCCUAUUAAUUGGAAAAUCCCUCCGAGAAUGCUGUGGGCCAUUUUCGAAGCACUGACGACUGCUCUUUACCUCAUGCAGGAAGGCGUUGCACCGCCUGCUGAACGGGAACUUGAGACUUCGGUCCUACAACAGGUUGUGCAUCGGGAUAUUAAGCCGCUGAAUAUCUUCAUGGCAGCUCCGAGCGAGAAGUUCUGGCGUGGAAUCCCCACUGCAAAACUUGGUGACUUCGGCAACGCGGUAACAAUAACAAGUGAAAAUCUUCAGGCACUUGAAGUCGGAACUCAAGGCUAUCAAGCACCGGAGCAUCUCAGAUACGCAGACACCGACCCCGAAGCAAACCACGGCUUCGAAAUAACAACAGCAAGCGACACCUGGGUGCUGGGAGAAGUCAUGCUAGACCUCAUGAACGUCACAGGAGGAGGCAAAGCCUAUCCCUUUGGAUCAGACCCCGAGAUCCCUCCUUUUCAAGCUGGCGUAGAAGCUUACUAUCCCGCGGAACUUUGUCGAUUGGUGAGAUCGUGUCUGGAACCUAUCCCUUUCGAUCGACCGGGUAUUGUGCAACUUUGGAAGGAGGUGCAUGGGUUGGUUGCGAGUUUUGUGGGACUUACGGGAACUGCUAUAAAGGAUUUGGAAGGGGGGGAUGGGGAGGUGUUGCAGUUUCCAACGGAGAGUUAUCUUUUGUUUGCUGCGCCUGCGUCGUAG